UGCACACCCUAGUAGCUCAGGUCAAAAAUGUUAGGAAAAUCCAGCCCAGAACUUCCAUACUCGCAGACAAGAACACACGCAAGCUUUUCCACCCGCUAACACUUAAAGCACAACACAAAAACACAGGACACCAUGGCCAAAAAGGAGGAGCCUCUUAUGGACGGACCCAAGCGGAUGAACCGCGAAUUGGCCCUGAUGUUGGAGGAUAAACAGAAUUUGCAGUUCCGAAACCUCUUGGUGGAGCCGAACAACAUCUACAAGUGGACAGGCCUGCUGAUGCCGGUGGCACCGCCUUAUGACAAGGGUGCCUACAAAAUGGAGAUCGACUUUCCACUGGACUACCCAUUCAAGCCGCCUCGCAUCCAUAUAAACACGAGGAUGUACCACCUGAAUGUCAAUGAGCGUGGUCAGGUGUGUGUGCCUAUUUUGGAGGUCGAGCACUGGAUCCCAACCACGCGGAUUGACCAGGUGCUGCAGGUACUGCUGGCCACCAUCAAUGAUCCACAGCCGGAGAACGCCUGGCACAUCGAAAUGGCCGGCGAGUAUCGCAAUGAUCCGGUGCGAUUCUUCAAAAUGGCCGAUGCCUGGGUGCAGAAGUACAGUGAACCCCGGCCCACUGAAGAGGAGCUAGCAAAGUUUGCGCGCAAGCGAAAGAAAGCGAUGACGAAGAAGUAGAGGGUAUACUGUACUAUAUGUAAAUUAUGAUGUAAAUUAAGUAAUUAAAGAUAUCACCAAAGUUCCAAAAUAGGUAAUUCCAAUCUAAAUAU